AUGGAAAAUGAGUUAGAUUCUGCUCAUUCUGAAAUAGAACUCCUCAGGAGUCAGAUGACAAAUGAAAGAAUCUCCAUGCAAAAUCUAGAAGCUUUGCUGGUGGCCAAUCGAGACAAAGAAUAUCAAUCUCAGAUAGCACUUCAAGAAAAAGAAUCUGAAAUUCAGCUUCUUAAAGAACACCUUUGUUUGGCAGAAAAUAAAAUGGCCAUCCAGAGUAGAGAUGUAGCCCAGUUCAGAAAUGUAGUAACGCAAUUGGAAGCUGAUUUAGAUAUUACCAAAAGACAACUAGGGACAGAGCGCUUUGAAAGGGAGAGGGCUGUACAGGAACUUCGUCGCCAGAAUUACUCAAGUAAUGCUUAUCAUUUGAGUUCUACAAUGAAGCCAAAUACAAAAUGUCAUUCACCCGAACGUGCUCACCAUCAAUCUCCUGACCGAGGCCUAGAUCGAUCGUUAGAAGAGAAUCUUUGCUAUAGAGAUUUCUGACACACGAAAAGAUUCUUCACAUCCUUGAGAAAGGUCAAAGUUACAAACUGAUUUUUUUUUUUUUUUGCUAUAUGAUUGCAUUUAUCUUUUGAAUGCUUGACAAUGUUAAAUGUAUUUAUAACUUUGUGCCUCUGAAUCUCUGUUCUCAUGCGCCAUAUUGCAAUGAUCUGAGAUGACUUACAAAAACAAAAAUGCAUAUGGCUCUUUCUAUCCAUACAGUAAUAGUGAGUGUAAAAUCUGCUUACUUCACUAUUGAACACUGUUAUGUUAACUAUCCUGAGUAAAAUAAAGAAGCUUAUAAAAAGAGAGAAAAGUGUUUUUACAAAACUGAUUUCCUUUUCUUUCUUGGUAUCUCAAAUAAUUGGUUGGUUAAAUUUUUUUCUUUGUGAUUUAUGCUUUCAUGGCUGAAGGAGUUGUGCCAAAAUGGGCACAGUUUGCUGAUACUGGCCUGGGACCCAGUAUUCCAUUUUGGAACCAAUUUGACAUAAAUUCCAUGCCAUAAUCUGACUUCAAAGCAGCAGAAAGUAGGAGUGUGUUAGGGUUUUUAAAUCCAUAGUAUUGUACCACUCAAAGACUAACAUUUUCUACAAUUGUGUUUACUCCUACUUUUUUAUAGAAAGGUAGGUGAUAAUGUAUCUGUCAAGAAUGUAAGAUUUUUAAAAAUCUGUAUUUUUAAUAAGUUUUCUUUAUAACAUUAAAGUACUGCAAUCAA